AUGUCAGACGACAUAGAUUAUUCAACACUACUGUUAGAGGAAAGAAUAGAACAUAAAGUGUGGAAGGCAAGACUAUUAGGAUACGAAGAAUUAAGUAAACAAUUUGAAAAUUCACGUAAUCAAAAUGAUCCAAUAUUCAAUCUAGUAACGCCGGACUUAUUGAAAAAAAUAUUGACUGAUUCCAAUGUUGUUGCACAAGAAGCUGGAUACAAGUGUUUUAUCAGUUAUCUAAAAUUUGGUGGAAGUACACAAUUAGUUACACGAUUAGUUUCAAAAAACGGUAUCAUACAACCAAUUUGUGAAAAAGGAUUAUCAUCUUCCAGAAAAGGAACAAAAGAUAAUGCAAUUGAAAGUAUUUUGACCAUGAUUGAAUACAUGGAUGAUCCAUCACCAAUUGUUGAAGAAAUAAUACCAACUUUAAAUAAUAAACUUCCAAAAUUAGUAGCAAGUUGUGUUUCAUGUUUGGUUGCAAUAUAUGAAAAUUAUGGAUGUAAAAUAGUAUCACCGAAUUUAGUUAUACCAACAUUACCGAAACUUUUUGCACAUGCUGAUAAGAAUGUAAGAGCUGAAACAACAAAAUUAACAGUUGAAUUAUACAAAUGGAUGAAGACCACAUUAUCUGACAUUUUAUUUCCUGAUUUAAAACCCAUACAACAAAAGGAUUUGACAACUGCAUUUGAUAAAAUUGCGAAUGAAACUCCACAACAGAAAAGAUUGACUAAUGCACAAAAGGAAGAAUUAAAGGCAAAAGAAUCACAAUCAGCAGAAGACGUUGAAAUGAGUGAUGUUACUGUAGAGGAAGAAGUAUAUGAUCCAUUACAAUUUGUAAAUCCAACUGAAGUGUUGUCAAAAUUGCCUCAUGAUCUUGAAACUAGAAUCUCAUCCACUAAAUGGAAGGAUAGAGUUGAAGUUUUGGAAGAAGUUUAUGCAAUUUUACAGAAACAUCCAAAAUUAGUUACAUCAGAUGAUUAUGCUCCAAUUUUUAGAAUCUUUGCAAAGAAUAUGAAAGAUGCUAAUAUACAAGUUGUUCAGAUUGCCGCAAAUUGUUCAAAUUUGAUUGCUAAAGGUCUAGGUCCUAAUUUUACAAGAUAUCAAAAUCUUAUUUUAUCUCCAGUGAUUGAAAGAACAAAGGAAAAGAAACCAACGGUUGCAACUGCGUUGAGUGAAUUACUAGAUACUAUGUUCAGCAUUUCAGGAUUAAGUGGACUGAUACUUGAAGAAGCUAUUUCUGGUAUGAAAUUAAAAGUCCCUCAAAAUAAAAUUUCAUCAGCUAAUUUUUUACAAAGAUGUUUGGCAAAUACCACCAAAGCACCAACUUCAUCUGAAAUAGAUUCCAUAAUGGAGGUUGGGGUAAAACUAUUAUCUGACUCACAAGAACCAAUCAGACAAGCAUCAACUGAAUUAAUUGGAACUUUGAUGAAAAUUACAGGUGAAAGAGAAUUAAAUAAAUUUUUGGAAACUACAGAUGAUAAUAGAAAAGCUAAGAUAAUGAAAUUUUAUGAAUCUGUUGAAAUCAAAUGUUCGAAAUCGAGUGCACCACCUACAAGAGAAUCAUAUUUGAAAAAACCAGUCCUUCCAAAAUCAACUUCAUCAAUUCAAAGUAGUAGAACUCCAUCAUCAACAUCAACUAUCCCUAGUAAGAGAAGUGCGACUUCCCCUGCUAAAAGAAAAGACGAUAUAAAAGCUAGCAAUUUGGGUAAAGGAUUAACAACAUCCAGAUCAUUAGCCAAACCAACAGCUCCAAAUUUACGUCCACCUAAACCAAAUUCGGCAACUUCGUUGAGACCAUCUGAAUCAAUACAACAACCCCAAAUACAAAUUGUAAAAGAAUUUGAUGAAGCUAAACAAGAAGAAUUAGAUCAAUUAAGAAUUGAAGUUAAAAAUUAUAAAAUUCAGCAAACUCAACAACAAGCUUUGAUUAAUAAAUAUGAAGAAGAAAAUACACAACUAAAAGAAGAAAUCAAAAAUAUGAAAUCUCAUUUUGAAAAUGAAAUUAGAUCAAACUCAAUAACUAUAAAUCAUAAAGAUACCCAACUAAACAAUUUUAAAAUUGAAAUAGAUAAGUUGAAUCAUCGUAUUAAGGAUUUAGAACUGGAACAGGAAAUAAAAAAAUUACAACAAUCCAAUCAACUGUACUUUUCGAGCACAAGAUCUUCGUACAAUCAACAACCCGGUUCAUACAAACAACAACAACAAACACAACAAACACCACAACCUUUCCAAGCUAAUGAAAUUAGUUCUGGUGUAAAAAGAUUAUCAAUAGGCAAUUUAAACAGUAACGAUUUUCCUGCAAGAGAAUCAUUAAUAAAUGGUGAUACUACAAAUAAUUAUAAUAGAUUAUCUCCAUCAACUUAUAGACCAAUUAAUAAACGAGAAAAUAUGGAUAUUGACUCGGGUGAUGAUUGGAAAAGAGCUGCUGAAGUUACUUCUCAAUUAAAGGCAAGGAUUGAAAGAAUGAAAGCUAGAGCUAGAACUCCAUUGAAUGUUGAAUAA